AUGACAGGACUGAUCGAUCCCGGGUUGCCAUGGCGCCACUUGCGCUCGCAGAGAAAUCCCAGCUUAGCGAGGCCGCCGACGCCCGGUCGUCGACUCGGAAAAUGUCUGCGCGCUCCUGGGGCCAUGUCCCAAUCAGAGACAGCAUCUCCGCGACGGCAACCGAUCAAAUUCCUGAUCAAUCUCAAGACGAGAUUAGGCUCUUUGGCCCAUGUCUCGGGCGAUGGGCGGAAGGAGGAAAAGACAACCCGUCCGUCUUCAAUUCGUUCAACGAAUUCUGAAGGACCUAAACUUCUGACAGGUCAACCGAUUGGGAUUCAAGAUUCGGACAUGCCCGUCCGCACAAUUCACCAUUCACCAACCUUCCCAGCCCUAGAACAUAUUUUAAAAUCGAUUCCUCACAAUCCUAAUUCUGCCCGUGACAGCAACUCAACCCAUGAACAGCUUGACGACCUCGACCGAAACACCCUUUGCAGCCCUUGA